UGGAUAUGAAUUUGAACCACGUUUUUAAGCUAAGUAUAAAUAUGAUUGAACUUGUAGUUGGCAUCUAAAGUAGCACAAUGGAUAAAGUAACUCUGUUUCUUGUGGCGGCACUUUUUGUGACGGCUACUUUAGCGGCACCAAAGAAAAUCGAGGUGUCAUUUAUAGAUCAUGAUAACAUAGAAGAAACUAACGAUGGGGGUCUGGUCUACACGCCACACGGUACGGUCAUUGUGGGAGAUAUCGAGAUUGAACUGACUAGGAAUGGUAUCCUCAAUCCAAGUCACCGAUGGCCUCAAGGUAGAAUCUACUACACCAUAAGUCAAAAUUAUUCUUCGGCAAUUCACGACACUAUCAUAGCUGCCAUGAGGGAACUGGAGCAUGAUAUCAAUGGAGCAUCAGGUCACUGCAUUCAAUUCAUUCCUAGGACUAACCAGGUCACUUAUAUAGAGAUCCAUGCAGGAACAGGGUGUCACUCAAUCAUUGGAUUUAACAACCAUGGUAAACAAGACGUUUCUAUUGGCGCUGGCUGCGAGCUGAAGGGAAUAAUCAUGCACGAGCUGAUACACACCAUUGGCUUCUGGCAUGAGCAGAGCCGUCCAGACAGAGACAACUACAUUAACAUUGAUCUUAAUAACGUUAAAGCAGAAUCCAGACACGACUUUAACCUCCAUCCCGUGACUGAGGCCACCACACUCAACACCGCCUAUGACUUUGGCUCCAUCAUGCACUACGGGGUCUACACCUUUGCUCUGGACCGCUCCAAGCCGGUCAUCACAGCCAAACCUGGGAAGGCAUCAGACACUACGUCCAUGGGCCAGAGGCUGAGUCUAAGUACUACUGAUGUGCUGAAGAUACAGAGGCUAUACGGAUGUACUGAAGAUACUACUCAUAUAACUAAACCAACUACUUUAACCAAAUGUACUUUUGAAAGCACUGAAUGUGGUUUGGUCAUCGAGCAUACAACUUUUAACUGGAUUCAUGGCCGGGGUGUAAUUGCAGAUGGUCCACAUGCUGGCUAUUCUUUCGGUACAGAUUCCUAUUUAAUUGCGGUCCAGUCCCCGACACACGCCACUGGUGUAGCCAAGAUUCACAGUCCUACCUACAGAAAUGGUCCAGUCUGCGUAGACUUCUACUUCUACCAGAAAGGCCCAAGCUCGUAUCUGGAUGUAGUGGUUCAAGGUCCCCAUCUGACUACCACUGUUGUCAAGAACUACCACAACAACUACCAAAACAACUGGGUGCACAGCAGGACGUCCGUCAACGUUCCAGUGGGAACUGAGUUCACGGUAACAUUCCAGGCCCACAUGGCGGCAGGCGAUGUGGCUAUAGAUGAUGUUCAUAUAUACCAGGGACACUGUGUGUAGAAUUCUCAUAUAGUUCUUUUUAUCCAUAUUUUAGUAUUAAGGCUAUAAUCUAAUGGUAUUCAAUACAUUUCUCAAUAGUCAUAAAACAUUGUUUCUGUACUUUUUCUAAAUACAACUCAAGAUGGAAAAACUCAA